GAGAGUUUAGUGAGAGGGAAAGUAAAAGAAGAGAGAGAAAGACAGAAUGAACGAUUCCAAACCUCAUUCGGCUCCGUCUCUAACUCUUCUACUACUUCUCAUCAGGUUUUUUUCUUUCCUAGAAACAACAACUGAAAUCCGUUUUAAUAACCGACGGUUUCUUUCCCACCCUCUAAAUCACAUUAAUCCGUUUCGACAAUAUCUUAAAUCAAAUAAAUUCCCGGAUCAAAUCAAAUAUCAAAAUUUUCUGAUUUUCUGUUUGGAAAUUAAAAAUAUUGUCAAAUUUUUAAGGAUUUGCUAAGAUCUGAUGCGUUGAAUAUGCAGUAUUGAGUAGAUAAAAAUAUCUGUCUCAGCGCUAUCUGGUUGUUAUAUUGCUUGUGGAAGUUCUGAUUUCAGUGUUCGGGUAUUUUAGGGGAAAUGUUUGGGGGAGAUAAUAACCACCACGUUUUUCCUGGUUUUAUGGAGGAAAAUCAGUUUCAAUAUGAUGCCAAUGCAUCAACGCAGCUGCAGUUAUUUGGAAAUUUUCCAACAGGCUGUAGUGUCGAUCCAGUGAACUAUGUCACAACUGAACACAUCUCCGCCCUAAAUCGGCCAACUAAGCGAAGCAGGGAAACAGUUGACAUCAUGAGGCAGCAAAAGCUUCAGAUUUCCUUGAAUAAUAAUUUCUACCAAGAGGAUGCCGACAAAUCAGCAAGCAUUCCUAACCUUAAUCCCAAUCCAGUAUCAACUGGGCUUAGGCUGUCAUAUGACGAUGAUGAGCGCAAUAGUUCCGUGACUUCCGCAAGUGGGAAUAUUGUAUCAGGUCUUCCGAUCAUCAUGUCUUUAGGUGAUAAUCUCAGAACUGAAAUGGAUCGGCAGAAAGAGGAAUUUGACCAUUACAUCAGAGUUCAGGAAGAACAAAUAGCCAAAGGAGUGAUGGAAAUGAAGCAGAGACACAUGGCUUCUUUUCUUGGUACCAUUGAGAAAGGAGUGACCAAGAGACUACGCGAAAAGGAAAUUGAGAUUGAGAGCGUUAAUCGCAAGAACAAGGAACUUGUUCAGAGAAUAAAGCAGGUAGCAACGGAAGCUCAGUCGUGGCAUUACAGAGCAAAGUACAAUGAAUCGGUGAUCAAUAACCUAAAGACCAGCCUCAAGCAAGCAAUUGCACAAGGCGCUGACCAAGGAAGAGAAGGCUGUGGGGACAGCGAGGUUGACGACGCAGCCUCUUCUUACAUAGACCAGAAAAACCAUCUUCAUCUGAGUAGUAUACCAAGCGGAUCCGGGAAGCCCGUGAAUGGGAACCAGCAGCAUCAAAGGUUGAAAGAGCAGAUGACUUGUAGAGCCUGCAAAGGCAAAGAAGUCGCAGUGCUGUUUUUACCUUGUCGACACUUUUGCCUGUGCAAGGAUUGCGAAGUGUUUAUUGAUCUUUGUCCUAUUUGUCAGGUCAUGAAGACUGCUACACUUCAGGUUUACAUGUGAAUGUAUGUUGAUCAACUAAAUAUAUAGAAACCCAAAACCUAUCUAUACUUUUUUCUUUUCA